AUCCACUUAUAGCCUCCCAUUUCUCCAACUAGAGAUGAACACCAAAAUACAGCCCAUUUACUCGAAAAUAACAGUGUUGAUUAUUCUAGAGAGAGAGAGAGGACAAUAAAAAUAAUUCCAGAGAGAGAAAGAGAACCCCAAAAAAAGACUCGAGGUGGGCGUAUCUAUCCUGGCUGGCUCAGCCCAACCCUGAGUUAGCCAUAGGGCCACAUAAAAACAGUGGACAUUGGUGGCAAACCCAAGCCAUCCAUGAGCUUUGCGUAUCUUUAUCAGCUCCAUCCAUUGAACCCCUCCGGCUUUAACCUGUGGUGUCCAAUCCACUUGUCACCAGAUCCACACCCUCAAUCCAACAAACUCCCCAACUGGCCAUUGGGAGAAGAACUCGAUCAAAACACCUCUCUCUCUCUCUCUCUCUCUUUCUCUCUCUUCCCCCAAUUAUAGCAUCCACAACAAAGCCCGUGGCCGUUCCAUAUCCACACACAGUAACCCAUCGUCUCACUCUUUCUGUGCCAUAUAUAUUUGUACCCCACUUUCUGAUUUCUAUUCUUUCUAAGAGAAAAACCCAUGUGUCAUGGCUGCUUGUAGGAGCUUACAGUAUUACUUUGACAACCCAAAAGCCAAAACCUCUCUUCUGAAUGACCUUGAUGCCUUGGCCUCUUGGGGUCGAAUGAAUCCGGCCAGGGCCCAGGUGGAGCUUGCGGCCAUUACCGAGCUCUUUGGUGAGCUUCACUUUCAGGAGAAACCCAAGUUCCAGGUUGCUAACGAGGAGGAGGAGAGUGCUGAUCUUAGUCAAGAUCAGGAGAAUGGUAAUUCUCAAGAAAAACCCAGGAAAACUUGCUCGGCUUUCGAUUCUUUGUUCCAUAUUCCUGAUGGAGAACGCGAAAAUUACCUUAGUUUUCUUGAUGCAAAACCAGAUAAAAGUAGUUCUUCUUCAUUGAAUUCCUUUUUGGGUCUUGAUAAAAAAUCAGGUAAAAAUUCUUCUUCGCUGAAUUCCUUGUUGGGUAACAGUUAUUGUUGUGCUUCCAAGGACCUCGAAUGCUUUUCUCCGAAGUCUUCACCUUCUUCGAGAUAUUGCACAGAGGGAUUGGGGUUUGAGAGCUGUGAAGAGAUCGAAGAAGCCAUGAAUCCAUCGACCUCAUCAUCAUCAUCAUCAAAGCAUGAGAAAGAAGAAGAAAAAACCCAUGAUGAUGAUGGUGGUAAGCAUGAAUGCAGUAACCAUGAAAAAGCACUUAUUUCUAAGCAGGUGAAGCCAUGGCCCAAGGUAAUGAGCUGCGAGAGGGGAUCUAGUGUGAGAAAGAGAGAAAGGGUGGGUAAUUUCCCACCCCCCAUUUCUUGUAUUGGGAGGAAUGGUCAGCCUUGGGUUUCUCUGAGAUCUUACAGGCAUGAUGGAAGGUUUGUUUUGAGAGAAAUUAGAGUCCCAAUUGCCCAUGAGUUCUUGCGAGCAUGUCGCGAAGAUGGCAGGCUUAAACUCCGUUUUAUUCAAUCAGAAGAGGAAGAAGAAAAAGAAGAAGAUGGUGAUGAAAACUAGUUCAAGAAGAAGAAGAGAGAGGAAGACCAGGACCAGAAACUGGUUCAACCCAUGUGGAUCUUUCCUUGGAAGAUGGAGAUUCAUAACAACAUAUAUGUCAUAGGUAUUUGGCUUUAUCAGCCACUGCUCAAAACAUAAGAAAAAACAAAGAAAUUUUUGUCCAUCCUAACAAAAAGAGAUCAUGCUGGAUGACGGUUUCUUCCCCUAAAUUUUAAACCAUAUUUUGCUGAUGGUUUUAGAGAGAGAGAGCUCAAUAACCGGAGAAUUGAAAGGGACAAUGGUUUAUACCCAAAAAUGUUUGGAAUCUCUAAAUACAAAAGUCCAUGUUGGGUGAAUAAUUGGAAAAUCCAAGGUGAGGGGAAUCAGGUGGGGAAAUGGGAUAUGCCGAAAUGAGAGUUUCAAUGGAAGGGAAGUUUGGGGAAAUGAGAAAAAAACUGUCUUGUUUACCAAAAUGUGAAGUCUUAAAAAGCAAACAGUCCUUACUGCAAAGGUUGUUUUUGUUUUUAUUUUGUGUGGGCUCUCAAUGAUCAAAUGCCUUUUAUUUUAUUGUUUUUAUUUUUUGUCAUUUCUUGUGGUCUCUGUUCUUGGAGGUUUCGUCACUGGAGAACGAUUCUAGUUGAUUGCAUUAACUUGCUUCCG